GGUUCGACCUUCUACAGUCGGUAAGAGGGAUAUGUUAGACAUUGUCCAUUGUAAAUCCUUUUUCAUCCUUCUUUAAAACAACACCUAGCACAACACAAAAAGACCCGGCUUCAAUCAAAUUUGACCGACCAGGUUAAAACAGACUAAAUUGAUCAUGUACGCCUGUGCAAAGUUCGUCUCCACGCCGGCUCUGGUCCGUGCUGGCUCCCGGGCUCUUUACAGACCCCUGUCUGCCUCUAUGCUGUCCAGGCCUGAGGUCAAUACAGAGAGAAACGUAGCCCUCAUGCCACAGAGCCCCUUCACCCAGGUAGCUCUCAGAGGCUUCCAGACCAGUGCUGUGAGCAGGGACAUUGAUACCGCUGCCAAAUUCAUUGGUGCUGGAGCCGCCACAGUCGGAGUGGCUGGAUCUGGUGCUGGAAUUGGAACAGUGUUCGGCAGUCUCAUCAUUGGAUAUGCCAGGAACCCAUCAUUGAAGCAGCAGCUCUUCUCCUACGCUAUCCUGGGAUUCGCCCUGUCUGAAGCUAUGGGCCUAUUCUGUUUGAUGGUUGCUUUCUUAAUCUUGUUUGCUAUGUAAAAGAAAUCUGUCUAUAGAAACUGUAAUUACAGAUGUGACUACAUAUUUUAUUGUGGCUACCAAAAUUGUUCCGUGUUGGUGUCAUGGAAAUGUACAUUUUCAAGUCUGUCCGACACUCUCAAAAUAACAGAAACAUGUAUUGUAAAAAAUGUAAGAAAUUACAUAAUUAAAAUGCAUGUAUUUGACUAGUUGACAUAUGGCAGUAUGUUUUCUAUGUAAGGAAUCAUGUUUCACCACAAUCAAGACGCCAACUAGCUUCUAUUGAAUGUCAACAUGGGAUUAUUACAAAGGAACUGCUUAGACGUCAUGUCAAUCAGUCUGGUGCAUUUGCCAUUUUCAGUGCAUCAUGUGUUCGCUUCUGUGGGUCCACAUUUAUGUUGUCGUUGGUUCAAGUGCAGGUCAAUAGCAUUCUGUAAGUAGGCAGCAAGUGGGCACUUGCUCUUGUAAAUGGAAUUAAAUAAAUCUAGACCACAAUUUGAUUGUGCUAAAUAGUG